GCAACUGACACAUAAAACUGCAGUGCCUGAUCUGACGCGUGCCGGUACUACGUUUCUGCAGGGGUCUGGGUCUGGCUUCCCCAUCGUUUUUUGGAAGGUGGUUGAAUGUAUGGUUCGGCUCUGUAACUUGAAACACAAAAAAAGAGAGAGAAGUCUCCGUCCACCAACUUCGUCCGUUCUUCUGCUUCUCCCCCAAAGGCACUGCAUGUCUAAUAUUUAGACAUGUUCAGCUUUGUGGAUUCGAGGACUGUACUGCUACUUGUAGCAACUCAAGUCGUUCUAUUAGCAGUUGUCAAAUGUCAGGAAGAAGACCAGGACCUAGGCAGCUGUAUGCAGGACGGACAGCGCUAUAGUGACAAGGACGUAUGGAAACCAGAGCCGUGUCGUAUUUGUGUGUGCGACACGGGAACUGUCCUGUGUGAUGAAAUAAUCUGCGAGGAGAUUAAAGACUGCCCCAAACCUGAGAUCCCAUUCGGAGAGUGUUGCCCCAUCUGCGUGCGGGACGGGGAAGCCCCCCCAAGUGGGGCCCCGGGAGCUAAGGGUCAGAAGGGGGAACCAGGAGAUAUCACAGAUGUCGUAGGACCAAGAGGACCUGGAGGCCCUAUGGGCCCCCCAGGAGAGCAGGGACCACGCGGAGACAGAGGAGACAAAGGCGAUAAGGGCAGUCCCGGGCCCCGUGGCAGAGAUGGUGAGCCUGGUACCCCUGGUAACCCCGGCCCCCCCGGUCCCUCAGGACCUAACGGACCUCCCGGCCUUGGAGGAAACUUUGCUGCUCAGAUGGCUGGAGGAUUUGACGAGAAGGCUGGCGGAGCACAGAUGGGCGUGAUGCAAGGACCAAUGGGCCCUAUGGGUCCUCGAGGGCCACCUGGCCCCUCUGGAGCUCCUGGCCCACAAGGUUUCCAAGGCAACCCCGGAGAGGCUGGAGAGCCCGGAUCAGCUGGCCCGUUGGGUCCCCGUGGUCCACCUGGACCCUCUGGUAAACCUGGAGAUGACGGUGAGGCUGGCAAACCCGGAAAAGGUGGUGAUCGUGGACCUUCUGGUCCUCAGGGAGCUCGUGGAUUCCCAGGAACUCCCGGUCUGCCUGGAAUCAAAGGGCAUAGAGGUUAUCCAGGUCUUGAUGGACUCAAGGGAGAGGGUGGAGCUGCUGGUGCCACUGGACCAAGAGGUGAGCGUGGUUUCCCAGGAGAGAGAGGAGGUGCUGGGCCUCAGGGGCUGCAGGGACCCCGUGGUCUUCCUGGAACUCCUGGAACUGACGGACCUAAGGGCGCGAUCGGACCAGGUGGUGCAUCGGGUGCCCAGGGACCCCCCGGUCUGCAAGGUAUGCCCGGAGAGAGAGGAGCCUCAGGCAUCCCCGGACCUAAGGGAGACAGAGGUGACAACGGAGAGAAGGGACCUGAGGGUGCUUCUGGCAAAGACGGUUCAAGAGGUUUGACUGGUCCAAUUGGUCCUCCUGGCCCAGCUGGUCCCAAUGGAGAGAAGGGUGAAUCUGGUCCCUCUGGACCUUCCGGUGCUGCUGGUGCCCGAGGUGCUCCUGGUGACAGGGGUGAGACUGGACCUCCUGGGCCUGCUGGCUUCGCUGGGCCUCCUGGAUCUGAUGGUCAGCCCGGAGUCAAGGGAGAGCAAGGAGAGGGUGGACAGAAGGGAGAUGCUGGUGCCCCUGGACCACAGGGACCCUCCGGAGCUCCUGGACCUUCCGGACCUACUGGCGUUUCUGGACCUAAAGGUGCUCGCGGUGCUCAGGGACCCUCUGGAGCCACUGGUUUCCCUGGAGCUGCCGGCAGAGUCGGGCCCCCUGGUCCCAAUGGUAACCCUGGUGCUGCUGGGCCCUCUGGCCCUGCUGGUAAAGAUGGCCCUAAAGGUGUGCGUGGAGACGGUGGACCCCCAGGCAGACAGGGAGAUGCUGGGCUGCGUGGAGCUGCUGGCUCCCCUGGAGAGAAGGGAGAUGCUGGAGAGGAUGGUCCCUCUGGUCCCGAUGGUCCUUCAGGCCCUUCAGGUCUGGCUGGACAGCGUGGCAUUGUUGGUCUUCCAGGACAACGUGGAGAGAGAGGUUUCCCUGGCCUGCCAGGACCCUCUGGUGAGCCUGGUAAACAAGGAUCUCCUGGUGGAAGCGGAGACCGUGGGCCCCCUGGCCCUGUGGGGCCCCCUGGACUGACUGGACCCGCAGGAGAGCCCGGUAGAGAGGGCAACGCUGGUUCUGAUGGACCCCCUGGUAGAGAUGGAGCCACUGGAAUCAAGGGUGACCGUGGUAACACCGGUCCUGCUGGUGCUCCUGGCUCCCCAGGUGCUAAUGGUUCCCCCGGCCCUGUCGGCCCCACCGGCAAGCAGGGAGACAGGGGAGAGGCUGGAGCUCAAGGACCAGCUGGACCUGCCGGGCCUGCUGGAGCCAGAGGAAUGGCUGGACCCCAAGGACCCCGUGGAGACAAGGGUGAGGCUGGAGAGGGUGGUGAGAGAGGACAGAAAGGACACAGAGGAUUCACUGGUCUGCAGGGUCUGCCUGGACCUCCUGGUCAAGCUGGAGACCAGGGUGCAUCUGGACCUGCCGGACCAAGUGGAUCAAGAGGACCUCCCGGACCUAUUGGUCCACAUGGAAAGGAUGGUUCCAACGGUAUGCCCGGCCCCAUCGGACCCCCCGGACCCCGUGGUCGCUCUGGAGAGACUGGUCCCUCUGGUCCCCCUGGAAACUCCGGUCCCCCUGGUCCUCCUGGUCCUCCCGGCCCUGGUAUCGACAUGUCUGCCUUCGCUGGCCUGUCUCAGCCUGAGAAAUCCCCCGAUCCCCUGAGGUACAUGAGGGCCGACCAGGCCUCCGGAAACCUGAGGACGCACGACGCCGAGGUGGACGCCACGCUCAAGUCUCUCAACAACCAGAUUGAGAACAUCCGCUCCCCCGAGGGCUCCAAGAAGAACCCUGCACGUACUUGCAGAGACCUGAAGCUGUGCCACCCAGACUGGAAGAGCGGAGAGUACUGGAUCGACCCUAACCAGGGCUGCACCAUAGACGCUAUCAAGGUCUACUGUAACAUGGAGACCGGAGAGUCCUGCGUCUACCCCAAGCCCGCCAGCAUCCCCAAGAAGAACUGGUGGUCCAGCAAGAGCAAGGCUGCCAAACACGUCUGGUUCGGAGAGACCAUGAACGGAGGAUUCCACUUCAGCUAUGGCGAUGACAGCCUGGCUGCCAACACGGCCAGCAUCCAGAUGACCUUCCUGCGGCUGCUUUCCACCGAGGCUAGCCAGAACCUCACCUACCACUGCAAGAACAGUGUGGCUUACAUGGACGGAGCCACGGGCAACCUGAAGAAGGCCGUGCUCCUCCAGGGCUCCAACGAUGUGGAGAUCAGGGCCGAGGGAAACAGCCGCUUCACCUACACCGUUAUGCAGGACGGCUGCACGAAACACACAGGAGCAUGGGGCAAGACAGUGAUUGACUACAGAUCUCAGAAGACCAGCCGGCUGCCCAUCGUGGACAUUGCUCCCAUGGAUAUUGGAGGAGCGGACCAAGAGUUUGGAGUCGACGUCGGUGCAGUCUGCUUCUUGUAAAGACAAAGGAAUGAAAAAGGAAAAGCUGAGAAAAAACCCAUAAAAGAUGAUGGAGAGAGAGACAGAGAGAGGAACACACACUUCUAGCAAAAUGAAUGAAAGAGAGAAAAGAGAAAGAUCAAGUCGCUUUUUUUUUUAAAGUAAAAAGUGAUUUUUCCAACUAGGAUAUCUGCACUGAAUGGCACCGGCAAUAUUCAUCUGUGAUUUCAUCGACUUCCAGUCUCCCUCCGUCAACCCCUCCCUCCAUUCCCCCAUCCACUCCACCCCCCAGCCUGGGAGCACCUCCCCACUAACAAGAAGGAACAAAGGAAGAGGAGAAGGAGAGAAAGGGGGAGUAUGUCAGAGCAUGACAGAAAGAGAGCCGACUUGGUGUUAUUUAUUUAUUGUUCAGGUGUAGGUCCCAGGUGUGUUAGGACUGAGUGUGUUACCCUGUAAAAAGGCCCAACGCACAACUACAUACAUAAUCUAUCAGUUCCCCACCUCCCCAAUCUCCUCUUUUCUUUCUCCUAUUCCAUACCUUCUCAAACAUUAUAUCAAAUCCAAACCAAAAACGGAGCAGUGUGAUAGGUGCAGGUGUUCCUAGUUCCAACCGCCGCCCCAGUGUGUAUCAGGAAGUUACUGUGUAUUAUAAUAUAGUCAAAUGGUGCUAUUGCUGUAAAACCAGUCUGUAUUCUUUAACAACCAGAUACUGAUGUAUUAGUGACAUGUUCAUAAUGUGUAUAUAUGUAUAUGUGUGUGUAUACAUAUAUCUACAGUUUUCAGAGAGUACAUUUCACGCUGAGAUUUGUUUUCAGAGUGGUAAAUGUCGCUGCCCCUUCCCCCCCGACCACAAUCCCCCUCAUUGGCUGCCCAAUGAAACAGAAACCGCGUCUAUCAUUUUUGUAAGAGGCAUGUUCAAUUCGGGAUUUCAAUCUCAGAUCUAAACUUUUUUUGUUUUGUUUUAAUUAUAUUAUAAGCUACCUCACGCUAAAAAAGAAAGAAACAACUAAGCAAAGUUAUCCAAGUUUACAAAUCCAGCUUGGGUGAUCAUAUCUUUGGUGCAUGAGACCCCAUGUUGUGAGAAGACCACCAGAAGGUGCCUUUAACCCUUGACCUAUCCCACUCCACUUUGUCCCAUAUGCCCCCACUGUCCUCUCACACAGGAAAUACCCUCUACCCUGGCAGGAAGUACCUUGGCCCUGGCCACGCCCCGUAGGAACAGGCCAUGCCCCCCUAGGAACAAGAACAGGGCAGGGCUGUUAGACUUGAGUGAGUUCUUUCUCACAGUGAUAUCACUACUAGACAAUCCAGACCUCCUUUACACACAGAGGAAAACCACCUACGACCAGGGCAGAGGGUGCUUUUAUUUUUGAGGGUGUGUAUAUUUUGUAUUAUUAAUAAUAAUAAUAGUAUUAUUGCUAAUAAUGAUAGCAUUACUAUUAUUAUUAUUAUUAAAUAUGAUGAUCAUGAUUUUGUUUUUGUUGCAGUUUUGAUUAAUGUAAAUUGGAAAUAAAAGGAAAAACAAGUAACAGACUGAAGUCGCUUUUUUAAUUUUAUUUUUGGGGGGAUUUUGAUUGUUAUUCAUCCUCAUAUUGCUCCAGAGAAAAGUGUGCAUGAACUAUCUGGGAAGGUCUUUUUUCUGUACCCUGAAUGUAUGAUGAAACACUUCACUAUUAUGUUCCCAGAGAUAGAAGCAAUACCAAAUAUUGAUCCUGUGUCCUGUAUGCACUCUGCCUUGGUCUGUGUGUUUGGGCUAAAUGCAUAUUGAGGGGUGGGAUGCAGUCAGAACACACAAGGAGAUACAGUGGAGAGGUGGAUGAUGGUGAGCGGCCAUUUUCUUUUUGUUUUAUUUGUGGGAGAGAAAAGGCUAAAUUUAGUGAGGAAGUGGAAAGUUCAUAUCAUGUACUAUUUUGUAUGUGUAAAAUAGUUUUGCAAUAUUUUCAGAUCGUUUUUAAGCAUGGUAGAUAGAGUAGGAAUGGGAAACAUUUCCAACCACAAUAAUCAGUAACUGUAUGGGUUUAUUAUGUCAUCCUGUACUUUUUAUUUAAUUUUCUUUCCUGACUUUACAUCUUUCACCUUUCACCGUAGCAAUAAAAGGUAGAAGCAUUUCUCUUAACAACACAGAGCCACGUUUGUUUCAUUUUUUACAUAUAUUUUUUUUCUUAAACUUGGUUUUAGAGUAAAUUUAAUAUUUAAUGUAUUGGUUUCCAAAUCUAUGAUGUAAUCUUUGUUUUAAUAAUUAUUAACAUAAAGAACAACAGGUAAACAAAUCAACAAAAAUACAUCACAAAUAAAACAAAUGACACAAAAGGA